UCACUAAUUCCUUAGUAAAAAAUUAACCAAGAAUGACUUCCAUUUUAAGCUUCUUUCUUCUUUUCAUUAGUUGCUUAAUGAAUGUUCAUGGAAGAGCAAUAUCCUCACAAGAAUCUCAUAUAAUGUUACCUUCAGAAAAACUAGAAAGUUUCACCCACUUACACUUCUUUUUCCAUGAUAUCUUAGAUGGUGAAAAAGCAACUACACUCAAAAUUAUCAACCCACCUAGUGAAUCAUCACAUGGUCCUUUUGGAUCCACUUAUGUUAUAGAUAACCCUUUGACUAAAGAACAAAAUCUAAGUUCAAAACUUAUUGGAAGAGCUCAAGGAACUUAUGCUUUAGCUUCUCAACAAGGUGAUUUUGCAUUUAAGAUGGAUAUUAAUUUUAUUUUUAUAGAAGGUAAGUAUAAAGGGAGCACACUAACAAUGCUUGGAAGGAAUGUUAUUGUGAAUGAAAUUAGAGAAAUGCCUAUUGUUGGAGGUACUGGUGCCUUUAGGUUUGCAAGUGGUUAUGCUUUGGCAAAGACUGUUUGGUAUAAUUCUACAUCUGGAAAUGCUAUUGAAGAGUUCAACAUUACAAUUAGCCAUUUGUAAAUAUAUAUAUCUUGAUUGUUUUGUGUUGUGGCAUCAAUAAUUAAACAUACUUGUGUCUGUUUGUUAUGCUUUUUUUUUCUUAAUUAUCUUGCUCUUGUUUUUUUUUUAUAUAUAUUGUUAGAAAAUAAUAUAAAACCAUUUAUAUGACUUUAUCCUAA